CACUUCUCCACGUCAUAGUUGUUGUUUUAUUUCACUAAAAAUUGUAAUUAAAAAAAAAGGGAAACGUUGAGUUUAUGUAGUGUCAGCAUCAUGGUUUACAUCGACCGCAAUGGUCGAGUCUGGGAAAAGCGUCCUUGGGACUGGCAGCGUAUUGUGGAGAUAUUUUUUGGACUCUGGUACAUGAUAGUGCAAUUCUUUCAAACUUUAGUAGCCCCCUUCAAUGGCAAUGGCAACGGCAAUAAUGACAAUCAGCGACGUAGUAACUGGGGCGGAGGUUGGGGCGGUGGAGGCGGUGGUGGUGGUGGAGGAGGCGGAGGCGGUAGUGGAGGUGGUGGUGGUCUGAGACCCAAUCGUCGAAUUGGACGCAUACCGCAGCAAAUGAGUUGCAGUACUUGCCCAAAUGGAGGAUGUGGGUAGAAGAACUAAAUACAGUUAAGUUAAUCUCUCCGCGGAUGUCAGGUGUUCACAAACUAGUGUUGCCGACAUUUUCCCCUAAAAAAACUCUAAAAUUGUCAUUCAUCUCCAUGCAAAUCUAAUAGUAAAUUAGAUAAUUAAUUGUAGAUAUAAGUUUUAUACAAAAUUCAUUGUAAAGUGGUAACUUUAAUUACCUUUAUUAUUAACUUUAUGAUUUUUUGGGGCAAUAAAACUAUUAUAACAAGA